AUGCAACAGCAACAACAACAGCAGGACCAGGAGCAGGACCGGGGAAUCGUAAUGGUCCCGUCGUCGUCCUCCUCCUCUUCCUCCUCCUCCUCCACGUCGGCGACCACGUCCACCAGCACCGAGCUUCGAGACGUCGCCAGUGUCACAGAGGCUGGAUUACCGAAUUUCACGUUGCAGAGCGUGGCUCUUGGACUUCAAGGAGCGCUACUCGCUGCCCUCCAGAGAGUCGCUCUGCUUCCACCUGGACAUGCCGCCGCCGCGGCGCUCAAUCUCCAGGCAUUGGAGACCUACUUGACUCUUCAUCGUCUUCACGCCAGCAGCACCGCACCGGCUGUUAGUCAGUCGUCCACUUCGGGGCUUGCCAAUCAGAGGUGUUCACCGGUCAAUACCGGUCUAGAGACGGCGCUGACUUCGACGAUACCGUCGAAGAACGAUCAGCUAGCUGCCGAGAGGCUGUUGCAAUCCCCGGACGACGAGGAAGAGGCACGGUUGGAUUUUAUCGCAGAUCCCGACGACGAUUUGGCUCUGUUGGAGGAGCAGCAAGUGUUGUUGAGAGACACUUCCGUGGCGACGUCCUCCGGUAAUCACGAGGCGUUGUUGCGACGGAUAUCGGAAGGAAAUCGCGCGAGUUCGAGUUCUACGACGACGAUACCGCAGUCGUCGUCCUUGUCGCAGAUAGCCGCUUCUUCGUUCACGUCCCCGGCCUCGUCGUCCGCCUGUUCCUCGUCCUCUUCUUCGUCGCUGUCCUCGUCUUUGUCCUCGUCGUCGCCGCUUCAAGCCACGUCCACUUCCGCCGAGUCGAGCAUACCGCGGACGUGCAGGGCGUCCAGGCCCAAGAAGCAAUUCAUCUGCAAGUUUUGCAGCCGACAGUUCACGAAAAGCUACAAUCUGCUGAUACACGAAAGAACGCACACCGACGAGCGGCCGUACUCGUGCGAUAUUUGUGGAAAGGCUUUCCGACGGCAGGAUCACCUGAGGGAUCAUAGGUACAUCCACAGCAAGGAAAAACCGUUCAAAUGCGCGGAAUGCGGCAAGGGAUUCUGCCAAAGCAGGACCCUCGCGGUGCACAAGAUUCUACACAUGGAGGAAUCGCCCCAUAAGUGUCCCGUAUGCGCCAGAAGUUUCAACCAGAGGAGCAACCUGAAGACCCACCUUCUCACGCACACGGACAUCAAACCUUACCAUUGUGCAUCCUGCGGCAAGGUGUUCCGCAGGAACUGCGACCUCAGGAGGCACUCGUUGACUCACAAUUUGGGUGUAUCGACGUCACCGCCGCCGCCGGGGAUACCUGUGCCCGGCACCGGGGCCGUGGUGCUACAGGAAACGUCCUAGUGUUCCGUCCACCGAUCGCGGCAAGUCUGGCAUUGUACUAGGAAAAUUUAUUCACGUACGGACUCGAGAAAAAUUUUCAGGCUGGUCAUUCGGACGGUUCAUACGUACAGUGGAACUCUAUUUAUUGGAACGAAAUUUCAGCUAGUGCUCGACUAAAUGAUCUCCUGCCGAUUAAAUUCUUUUAGAUUCGAUGCGGACGAACCAGUUUUGUCGCGCGAGCGUUCCGAUAAAAUAUCGAACUAUACAGCGAAAUAUACA